UCCGCUCAGAACUCCGCAGGCAUUCAGACCCUCCUCGACGCCGAGAGAGAGGCCCAGAAGAUUGUCCAGCAAGAUCGUACCAAGCGGAUAAGAGACGCAAAGGCUGAAGCCCAGAAGGAGAUCGAAGAGUAUCGCAAGCAGAAGGAGGACGAAUUCAAGAAGUUCGAGGCUGAGCACUCGAGCGGGUACAAGAAGGCUGAGGAGGAUGCGAACAAAGAGGCAGAAGUCAAGCUCCAGGAGAUCAAGGAUGCCGGGAACGACAAGGGCAGCAAGGUGGUGGAGGAUCUUAUCCAUGCACUCAUCGACGUAAAGCCUGAGGCUUCGGAGAAAAUCGUGGUCAAGGCAUAG